GAGGAGAGCAGAGAAGUGGGCUGGGCCAGCGGGAGCCUAGAGCAAUUGACCAAAAGCUGCAAGGGCCUGGAAGAGCAAUAAAGAAGGAUGAAUGAGUGAGGCCUGGGGGUGCAUAAAGCAGAGCACGGCUGACAGGGUGGCAGAGCGAAAUAAUCCAUGUCGAAUGAAGUCGGUAACCAAUAUUUUACAGCAUGUCAUAACAGGAAUAUAUGUCGGUGUAGGAGGAGGAGGUGCACUUUCUGAAGACCACGUACCGAACGAACGCAUUGUGAUGAAUCGCCAUCACCAUCGCAUCUCAUCUCAUCUCGACAACAGCAGCAGCAGCAUCAUCAGCUGCGGCUGCUGCUACUGCCUCUCGCUGUUGCUGGAGCAGAUGGAGACGGGGCUCCAUGAGAACAGAUGUCUUAUUUCCUCUACGCAAGGAGAAACUACGGUCUAAUCUAAUUCUGAGCAUAAAUCCUUCCGAGAAAAGCGCAAUGGAUAGGAGUCUCACCACCCAUAGCCACAGACUCGAAUGCAUACCUCUCGGACCCGACUGUCUUUCUGGCCGUCUGUGCGUGUAUGUGCGUGUGCGCGUGCGAGGGGAGUAUAUGAAAUCUUGAUACAGCUGGUCUUCAUUUAUCCAUGGACUUACAGUACAUCUUUUUUGUGCUCCACUUUUGACCGAGCAGCAGCAGCCCAGCAGCAGCCCGAGCUCAGCAGCCGCAGCUACUGCCGCAGGGUCGUACUCUACACCAUAAACUUGACAACCCGGCAGGUCAGAUGUACAAUGUACAAUCUUCUGCAAAAGUACAGGAAACAACUGGUGUACACGACAUUGUGUGAGUGCAGAAACGUGUUACUAAAUAGGCCUCCAUUGCGGUGUGUAUAGAAUGUGGUGUGCCAGGCGCCUCGGAGUAAAAGACAGGAGAAUCAAUCACAUGGGCUGUACUGUGCUCGUUUCGUCAGAAGGCGUAGUCUUAACUCCAUGAUGGAUAAACAUGCUUACGCUCGCCUAAAUGAGUGACUCCUUCUCCUUCUGUUUCCUUUUGAUCCAUUCAAAGAGAAAGAGGGGGAGUGCGUCGUUGUUGUUGUUGGUGGUGGUGGUGUGUGAGUGUGUAUGUCUGUGGACUCUCUCGAGGACUUUUUAACUGCUGGCGGAAUGAUGUGCUUUGUGAUCAUGAGACUCGACUUCGAUGAAUGCGGUAAUCGUACUUGGCUCAUCUCUCUCUCUCUCUCUCGGGGUCGAGCUCAUCUGCUCCUCAUUAUCUGGAUCGAGCAUGAUCCGGGCCCGGAUUAAAUUAUGGUCCAGCAUCAUAUUAGCCAUGAACUCGAGGUUCAGUACAGCGGCCGGGUUCAUGCACAGGUCAGAGGGUGAGUCAUAAUCCGGGGAAUCGUUAUCAACAAAUCAGAUGUACAACACAAUAACACUGGUAGCGUAGCAUCAGCUGAAUCGUAGCCAAGCGAACAGACAGCGAUCGAAGAGGAGAGAGUGCAGUACGAGGCAACACCGAGCGCUCGGCUGCUCACUUGCCAAGAUCAUGUGCGCUCACAGUCGAAGCAUUUGCAGAGAGUCCUUGCGGGGUGCUGAUAACUAGCGAUGGGGCAUUUGUGUCUAUCUUAGCUGCUGCUCGCACCGCGCAAGUACAAGUAAGUAAGACAAGAAUGACAUGAAUACACCAUCGUCCUUGCUCGAUAGCUGUAGCCUCUCACAGCCACUUUUGGCAUCUUCAGUACUUCCGAAUUCCAGUCCUACUUCGCUACCAUUCCAUUCGGUUGUGAUGCAAGCAACCUGAACAAGAAGAGAUCGUCACUCGACCUGUGUCAUGCUUAUGGGCUAGACCCCCAUGGUAUGUACGAGCGCAAGCGGACACUUUUGCUUUAUCAUGAUUGUACAAUCCAGCGGACCAGUGCCCGAGCCAAUUAUAGUGCCUCUAUCUCACCCAAGUACAUGCAGUCCAUAUGUCAUUUGCUUUUCAUAGAUCAUUGCCAAAAUGGACCUCCUCCGAUUGCGUCUCACGAUACAUGCUCCAAACAAGGCGGGCGCCAUUGCGAGCUGUGUCGCUGGGGGCGCUGGCUACCCACGUAUUCCACAACAUCCAUCCUUUUGCCAGCUGCAGGAGACAUGUGGGAAGGGAAGCCAUGGUCCGACUCUCCAGCCGCAGUACUAGACCAGUAGCCAGUACUUCCCGGCCAAGUACCUUGAAAUCCAACACCAAUUUGCUAUCGGCCGCUCAUGCUACUACGACCAUGGAUCGAAAUGAGUAGUGAAUAUUGCCUGCUGGGCUUACAUGCACAUCCAUGUAAAGUUUCGAGAAAAGAUCUAGCGCUCAGUCGUUCGUUAAGCAGAACUCCAGCAGUCAGUUGUCUCUUUCUGCUCCACACUCACUCAAUCCCUCCCCCCAGCUCUAAACUGUACCCGCGAGUCCUGCCCACUGUACUUGUACAUUUGUGCACCGUACCUCCUGAAUUCAUGUGACAGUGGGUAUCAUACGCUGGAGCUUCCAGGCAAGGCGGAGGAC